AUGCAACGCGCAGCGUCACAAAAUUAUGUCAAAAAAAACAACAGAUUCACUGUGCGCGUACAAACAUCAAAAUACUGUGAUCCAGAUCAGCGCAGUGUUUAUCAAGCACGCACGCUGAGCGCACGCUACACUGAGGAUACAAUUGAAAGUAAUCUUGUUUCAAAAAUGGUUCCUAUUAUAAUCGUUCAUGGAGGAGCUGGGGACAUUCCUGACGGCAGAGUGAAAGGCAAACUUGAUGGAAUGAAGGUAGCUGUAACGGCAGGACACAAGAUUCUUAUGAAAGGAGGCAGUGCUUUGGAUGCCGUGGAAGCGGCUGUUGUUGCUAUGGAGGAAGACGAAAAUUUUAAUGCUGGUUACGGAUCUGUUUUAACUUUGCGAGGAGAAGUGGAAAUGGAAGCUAGUAUCAUGCGUGGACAAGAUUUGAAUGUAGGUGGAGUUACGCUCGUCAAGGAAUUCCUUCAUCCUAUCAGUAUUGCUCAUAAAGUACUUAUGGAUUCACCACAUUCUCUUUUAGGAGGAGAGGGGGCGAAAUUAUUUGCUCUAGAAAAGGGAUUUAAACCAAUUCCUCCAGAAUCAUUGAUUAGUGAAAAUGCAAAACGAGCUUUGGAAAGGUUUUUGAAGCAUGGAGAAUUUGGCAGGACAGAAAUAGGUCCCAAAGAUGAGGGUGGAGUGGGGACCGUUGGUGCUGUAGCUAUAGAUUCUCAGGGGCAUAUUGCAGCCGCCACAAGUACAGGCGGUAUGAGCGGAAAAGCUGUUGGCAGAAUAGGGGACACACCUCAGAUUGGUAGUGGAACCUAUGCCGACGAUCAUAUCGGCGGCGUUUCAACCACGGGACAUGGGGAAUCGAUACUGAAAUAUUGCUUGGCCCAUAGCAUUAUUAAACUCAUGGAGAAUGGUACCGAUGCAAACACUGCUACGACUAUGGCAGUAAAUGGAAUGACUUCUCGGCUACAUAAUACUGCAGGUGCGAUCACGUUGUCAAAGAAUGGCGAGGUUGGCGUUCAUUUCAGCUCAAACAGAAUGUCUUGGGCGUACAUCAGAGAUGGGCAAAUAAUUUACGGCAUCAAUCCAGGCGAAAAUUUUUGUGAGACAUAUGAGCCUGAGAAGUAA